UCGUGUCUCUUCUAUAGAUCUAGUUUCGCAGGUUCGAAGCGAUUUGAAAUUUAGUGAAAAAUGGCAUUCAAAUUUGUUGCUCUGUUUGCUCUGCUGGCCGUGGCCACCGCUCAGCACUACGAUCCCCACUACUACCAGCCUCAGCCUCAGUACCACCAGCCCCAGUACCAUGCCCAGCCUGCCCUGGUGAAGACCGUUCAACCGGCCCUCGUUAAGACCAUCCAGCCCGCUCUGGUCAAGACUGUGAAGCACGUCGAGUACCCGGAUACCCCCGCCGAGUACCAGUUCGCCUACGAUGUCCACGAUGACCAGACCGGAGACAUCAAGAGCCAACAGGAGGAACGCCACGGAGACAACGUUAAGGGAGUCUACACCCUGAUCGAUGCCGACGGUUACCGCCGUAUUGUCGAGUACACCGCUGACGAGCAUAACGGAUUCAACGCCGUCGUCCGCCGUGAGCCCCUCGAGGGACACAAGAUCGUCAAGACCAUCGCCCCGGUUGCCAAGGUUGCCUACGCUCCGGCUCCGGUCAAAUAUCUUGCCCCAGCUCCCGUCAAAUACCUGGCUCCAGCCCCCGUCAAGUACGUCGCCCCUGCCCCAGUCAAGUACAUUGCCCCAGCUCCAGUGACCAAGGUGUACUCUGCCCCGAUUGCCAAGUUCUUCCUCCUGUCUGCCCUGAUUGCCGUGGCCAGCGCUGGUCUGCUGCCGGUUGCCGUCAAGCACGUGGAAUACGCCGAUGCCCCCGCCGAGUACCAGUUCUCGUACUCCGUCCACGAUGACCACACCGGAGACAUCAAGAGCCAACAGGAGGAGCGUCACGGAGAUGACGUCAAGGGACAGUACACCCUGAUCGAUGCCGAUGGUUACCGUCGCGUUGUGGACUACACCGCCGAUGAGCACAACGGAUUCAACGCCGUCGUCCGCCGUGAACCGCUGACCCAGAAGGUCGUCAAGGCCGUCCUCCCGGUGGCCAAGGUUGUUGCCCCGGUCCAGCACUACGUUGCCGCCCCGGUGGUCCACAAGGUUGCUCUGCCAGUGGCCAAGGUUGCCUACCCCGCCAACCUGGCCACCGUGAGCUUCUCCGCCCCGAGCCUGAACUACCACUACUAAGACCAUCUCUAGUCUCAAUUUGUUGAUAUGUGCGUAAUAUAAUACAAUAGUUGAAAUGUGAA